CGGUCACUUUCAGACACCAUACAAAAGCCCUCAUGAGCCGAGCCAGUCAAUCAGAGGAAGAUCAAGCAACACUGAGACGAGAGGUCUCACUCCGGACGGACUGCAGUAGGUUUUGGACACACACCGAUCACACUCACAGUUAUGACUGCAUGCAUCUUCUUACGAGGAGCCAAAGUUGACAGAGAAUUGGCAGAUGAUGAAAUUGAAGAGCUGAGAGAGGCAUUCAAUGAAUUUGAUAAAGAUAAAGAUGGUCUUAUUAGCUGUAAGGACCUGGGAAACCUGAUGAGGACGAUGGGUUAUAUGCCAACCGAGAUGGAGCUGAUCGAGUUGGGCCAGAACAUUAACAUGAAUUUGGGAGGGAAGGUAGACUUUGAAGACUUUGUGGAGUUAAUGACCCCAAAGCUUUUGGCAGAGACAGCAGGCAUGAUUGGUGUGAAGGAACUGCGAGAUGCUUUCAAAGAGUUCGACAUGGAUGGCGAUGGCUCGAUCACAACUGAGGAACUGAGAUCUGCUAUGAGUAAAUUACUGGGAGAACACAUGAACCACAAAGAGAUUGACGCUGUCGUCCGAGAGGCCGACAAUAACGGCGACGGUACAGUAGAUUUUGAAGAAUUUGUGAAGAUGUUGUCAAGCUGCUGAGAAAAUCAACUUCUGGAUGCUGCAGAUACAUAAAACAUACAUAAAGCAAAAUGAUUGUACAGAAAGACCCCCACAAACUAUGCAAAAAUCUCAAGCUUUCAAUGCAAUACUAAGUUAUUGAUCUUAGAACUAUAUUCACAAUAUUUAUCUGACAUUAUAUAUACAAUAAUAUCAUCUUUCCAUCAUUUUAAAUGAUAUUUCCUCAAUAAAAUACAAA